ACCAGUCUCCCUCUCCCCAAAUAUACGCACGGCGAGCGCGGCGCGGCCACUCCCCCUCCCGCUUCUUCCCUUCCCAGUUGCCCACAGCAAUCUCUCCUCCCCUCAACCACUCCCCUCGCCAUGGACGGCGGCGGCGGCGGCGGCGGCGGCUACAGCCCGCGGUUCCAGCGCCAGGCCUCCUGCUCCUGCGCCCCCUCCAUCUCCCGGCGCGGGUUCGUCCGCGCCGGCUUCGACCUCGACGGCGACGACUACUACUACGACGACGACAUCUUCCCCUCCUCAUCAUCCUCCUCCUCCGGCGGCGGCGCCGCGUACGACAAGGCCUACGGGGCCCCGCGGCCGUCCGCGCGCGCGAGGCUGAGGGGCCUGUGGCGCCGCAUCAAGCGGGAGAAGAAGCGGAUCCUGCUCUGCACCACUGGCUGCGUGCCCGCGGCGGCGCCGCCGCACCGGGAGCCCUACGACGCCUACAGCUACGCGCAGAACUUCGACGACGGCGAGGCGUGGGUGGAGCCCGAGAACCUCUCGCGAUCCUUCUCCGCUCGCUUCGCCGUCCCCUCCAGGGUGUUCCAGAGGGUCGCCGUGUAGAGGCUCCGCUCCAACAAACCGCCGGCGGCUUGGAUUUUCCCCCUUUCGUCUUUGCCAAUUUUGGAGCCGUGAAUUGUGAAAAAGAGAGGCAGCGAUCCCAUCUGUAAAUGCAUUCAGUUCUUUCAUGUCAUCAAUUUCUCCACCAAAGUUCCAUCGAUUUUGUUAAUCUCGUACUUUGCCAGCAAUUAAGAAAAAACACAGGCAUGACAGAGGCAUUUACGGACACAGCAAAAUCACAGAAAACAUGUGAAUACUAGUUUAUGUUUGUUUCAAAAGAAUCUUAAAAA